GGCGGCGGCGGCGGGGGGACGGUCCGCCCCCCCGGCCCCGCGGCUGGGCGGCGGCGGCGGCGGGUAACGCCGGCUUGGCGGCGGCGGCGGCGGCGAUGGGGUGCCUGCAGAGCGUGGCCUGCAAGGCGCGGGUGCGUCGGGAGCAGAUCGUGGUGUCGGACGUGUCGGCCACCAUCGAGCCGGCGGCCACCGCCAUCGAGGAGAGCUCGCCGGUGGUGCUGCGGUACCGCACGCCCUACUUCCGCGCCUCGGCCCGCGUCCUCAUGCCGCCCAUCGCCCGGCGGCACACCUGGGUGGUGGGCUGGAUCCAGGCCUGCAACCACAUGGAGUUCUACAACACCUACAGCGACCUGGGCGUGUCAAGCUGGGAGUUGCCCGACCUGCGAGAAGGAAGAGUGAAAGCCAUCAGCGAUUCGGAUGGCGUGAGCUACCCCUGGUAUGGAAACACCACAGAAACAGUGACCCUGGUCGGGCCCACUAACAAGAUCUCCAGGUUCUCGGUGAGCAUGAAUGACAAUUUCUACCCCAGCGUGACGUGGGCUGUCCCUGUCAGCAACAGUAACGUGCCGCUGCUGACCAGGAUUAAAAGGGACCAGAGCUUUACCACGUGGCUGGUGGCCAUGAACACCACCACCAAGGAAAAGAUCAUCUUGCAGACUAUAAAGUGGAGGAUGCGGGUGGACAUUGAGGUUGAUCCCAUGCAGCUGCUGGGGCAGCGGGCACGGCUGGUGGGGAGGACUCAGCAGGAGCAGCCCCGGAUCCUCAGCAGGAUGGAGCCCAUCCCACCAAACGCACUAGUGAAACCCAACGCCAACGAUGCCCAAGUCCUCAUGUGGAGACCCAAGCGAGGGCAGCCUAUAGUCGUGAUACCUCCCAAGUAGAGCAGCGCCCGGGCGUGCGCGCAAGGACCUGGGUGCUGCCAGCCCGCUGCAAACGAAUGGCGUUCCUGAGCCAAAGCAGACCUCUUGGGUUCUCCUGCCUUUGUAGCUGUGGUGGUUGGAAACACGGUUCUUCCUUAGUCGUAAAGAGAGCCUGGCCGGCGCGGGGGCACGGAAGAGGGAUCGCUGAGCCGGAGGAUUUCCCAGGAAGCGAAAUUGAGUGCUUCUAGAGGCUUGUGGCUGGCAAACAGGCUGUCUGACCCAAACAACUGGUCUUCCCUUGCAGGGCCGUGCAAGGAGCAUGAGUAUGAUCGAACUGUGCCUGUGGCAAACGCUGCUUUCCACCCAGCUGGAGGCAGAAAUGGAGACCGUGCCUGCUGGAUGCGGAGGGUCCUGCGGUGACCCUUCCCGCCGGGGCGUGGGUGUCCCUGUGGUGUCUAUACCUAUGCAUUUCAGAUUGAUAAUCGACCCCUCGCUCUGCUCGCUGGGACUGGGCAGGAGGGCCUGGGAGUGGAGCAGGAGCUGGCAGAGCCAGGGCACUUAUCCGGAGCCUGGCACAAGCUGUCGCUACUGCCCAGGAGGGGUUUUUCGCAGCCAAGGGGAAGCGGGAUGUUUUGCAUGCGUCUGGGUGUGUUUGGAGUAGUUGUGAGUGUAGGAGAUGCCAUAGCUCUUUUCCGUCUUGGAGUGAGAUCUAAGGGCAGGUUAGAUGUCCUUUGGUUUUAAGGUGCACUAAGUCUUUGCAGUUCCUCAACCUUCCCCCCCUCGCCUCCCAAAUCCCGCCGGCUCCUCUCUUAGGGAAGCAGCAAAACCGAUUCUCAGCUGCACGAGACAUCAGGAGUGAUGCCCAUUCACCCAGCGCAGGGCGAGCAGGCGCUUGCUGACCGUGGGGUACCCAAACCUGCUUGAAGGUACCCCAGGACUCGCACGCUUCCGCCGCAGACCCAAGUCCCUUGUGAGAAGCUGGGUGCUUGCUCGUUUUCCAUGCAAAUACCGUCUCACGCAGAGACCCUCCUCCUCCUCCUCCUCAGCCACCCACGGUGUGGGAUGUCUACAGGUGGGGAUGCCAGUGGAGGGGAUGGCACGGCUAGCGGUAAUUCCCCAGGCUCUGCAGGGCUGGGGGUCGCCUCUCCGUGGGUUGAAGGCCAUGAUGUGAGCAGAGGCUGCACGGGGAAGGCCUGCAUUUGCUGGGGAAGCAGGAGGUGAGCAUGCUGCCUGGGCGUUUUGGGGAUAACGGGGUUUUAUUUGCCUUUCUCCUCACCCCUUGCUGCCUGGAUCGCUGGCGUUGUCUGGUCUGUGGGGCAGUGCAGUGCUGUGGGCUGUGAUCCCCAAUUCCUGACAUCUCGUCGUUGGGAUGCAGCAGAGGCAAAAGCCGCAGCUGCACUGCUGAUAUCCCAGGGGCCCCGUCGCAUCUGGGCAGAUGGUUGUGGCUUUCACUGCUUUCUCCGCUCCAUCCUCUGCCCCAGCGUGAGCCCCGCGGCUCCUCCGGCUCGUGCCCCUGCCUUCGUGCCGUGGGAGGUUUGCGCUGCCCUGGGGAUGUGAGUAAUUCCUGCUGGGAGGGUCCCAUCUUUUGUCCCGCUGCCAGGAGAGCCUGGGAAGGGUCGCUGUGUUGGGCGCUUCCAUGCAAAGCCUUUCCUGCAGUAUUCGCAGCGCUGCCCUCAGCCUGGCUGUCGGGAUGCCCAGCCCAGCGCUGCUUUGCUCCCCGCGGUGUGCUGGCACAUCCCCGCGGCAUCACUCCUCAGCGCGGCCGAGCUCCUGCAAAAUUUCCUCCCGCUUUUCCAGGGCAGGAUGUGCACUCCCGUCCCCGCCGGCAAAGGGGCUCCCCAGGCAUCUUAGACCAAAAAACCCUGUGAAAUCCCUGUGCUACUUAUUAUUCUCAGUAGUGUUUGCUGCUGAUUCGAUUCCUUAUUUAUUUUUUCCUUUGGGAGCGUUGCAUUUUGACGCCUCGACGCACAUUUCCCCCUGUCAGGGCCAGCAGUCCCGCUCCUCCUGCUCGGCCUCGUGGCUGGCUGGGAACCUGCUGCUUUUGGUGCCUACGUCUGGGUUUCACCGGGGGCUACAGCCUUGCUGUAGGUGGGAAAGGUUUGCAGGGAGAGGGGGCUCUGAGCUUUGGUUUGCUGUGUUUUCUGGAGCAAAACUUCUACUGGGAGCUUGCUGGCGCGGGAAGGUGUCCCGCUCUUGUGUCUGCCCGUGGUUUUGUCUUGGUUCGUGACCGUCGGCAGCUUUUUGCCAUCACCUGUGUUUUAUUUUUCAAAUAGCUUGUGUGGAAGGGGGUUAGAAACUUUAAAUACAAUUUUCCUUAAGAUUUGGGGGAGGGGGAGGAGGAGGGCUAAGUACCUUUCAGUUUGAAAUAAGGCAGCUCUGUAUUUUUGACCCCCUGGGACAGAAGCGUCCUCUGGCAACAUGAGAGCUAAAAAGCCGGAGGAAAGGAUUCCCUGCCAAAGGGGUAGCCCCGAGGUGGGCUCCCAGCUGGGAGAGGAUGCUGCGCGAGCCAGCGCCCCGAAACCCGCGGGGAAGAUUUUGGGGCUGCGCUCAGGGGCUGCGCGCCGGCCGUCAGCCCCGGGGACCGUGGUGCCAGCUGGCGGGGAGGGAGAGCAGGGAUGCUGCUGCAGGGAUGCCGUCGAAUUCGUUGCCGUCUUUUGGGAUGUGCUGGCCGGCUGGAGCCUCGGCACAUCCUCUGCUGCGUUGGCAUGACACCAAGAGAGCAGCGGCCGCUGUUUCUUGUCCGUGUGUGUCUGCAGCAUCCCCAGGGAUGUGCUUGGUGCCGCCUGGUGCUGGUGUCAGGCUCGGUGCCUGGCCGCAGCCAUGCGCUCCCAAGGUUUCCCAGCCUGCAGGCAGGCUCCGGCUGAGCCCCGGGGCCGUGCCCGUGUUCCCCUCUCGGGGCUCCUGUGCUCGUUUCUUCUCCAACGGCUGGAUUUGAUGCGCUUAACUUGGUUUGACGCAUGGGUCGUCUUUAUGGGCAUUUCCCUGUUGUUUUGUUUUUGUUUUUUUUUUAAAAAAAAAAGUUUGUAAAAAUUGUUUGCAAAAAAAGAAAAAAUUUGCAAACGAUGUUUACAAAAUUUUGCAGGCGUUUUUGCAUGUUCGCAAAAGGUGGGUGCUCGCGCUGGAAUGGAGGUGCUGGGUGAGCGUCUCCCUGAGCUGGGUACCGCCGAGCCGUGGAGCUGGCGAUGCUCAAGGGCAGGGAGGGAGGCGGCGGGCGAGAGCUCCCGGCUGCGGGUCGGGGCUCAGCUCACGUCCCUGUGGCCCGCAGCCGUACUGAUGGGUGCCCCGAGCGGGAGCCCUUCCCCACACCCCUCUUUUGUACCAGCACCCCGUUGUCUCAGGGAGGGGGAGGUCAUGGAAAUGCCCACCCGCACGCUCCCCUCUUGCCCUGAGCCUUGGGGUGCCCCUUCCCCUCCGCCCCCAUCCUUGGAGGGGGGACUUAUUUAUUUAUUUAUUACUUAUUUAUUUAAGCUUUAUUUAUUUAUUGGUAUUUAUUGACGGCUGGAAGUCGGGGGAGGUCAUUUCUGCUGCAUGGCAGGGGCAGCUGGGUCGUGUGUCCCCCCACCCCCCAACCCAGCCCCCUGUAUUUUGGGGUGCUGCCACACGUUCGGGAGCGCCGCUGGGUAGGAAUGCUUGCGGGCCUCCGCGCUUCUGUCCCCUUUUGGAGCUGGGGGUGGGGGGGAAGGAAGGGGAAUCCCAUCGGUGCCUGCAGGGAGGACACCCGGUGCCUGUCCCCUUCCCGCAGAAGCUCGAAGCCCCCGUGCCCCCUCCGCAGGCGCCGUGCUCGUGCCCGUCCGUAUUUAUUGACCCGGCCUCCUGGCGUUUCUCCGUUCGGCUCCUGCUGGAUUCGCUGUUGCCAAUUUCCGGAGAUGGUGAGGAGAGCCAGGACGUGUGGGUGUCGCUAUGGAGAAAAGACCAAACCAGGUAUUCUGCUGCCGCGUGGGGAAAAUCGGAAGGAGGAGAAGAGGAAAGCUGGUUUUGCAGAGUGCCUUAAACACAAAUGACUCUACUGAGUAGGGGGCUUGGACUUCUGUCUCUGGAUGUUGUUACCAACUCGAACAAAUGUUGCAUUUCACUUCUCUGGGAUUAAAAGAAAACCACUCGAGCUGUACUGGAACCAAACCCUGUA